AUGUUGUCAAACCCAAGCCAGGCACUUGCCGUCGUUCCGGGGAAAGCCCAGGGCCAGGUCAUCUUUUCAGACGUUCCGCUAAGCUUCAUGAUGGGCGUCGACUCAAAGACCGGUAUCGUCGCCGAUGCCCACCACCCCCUCCGUGGCACAUCUCUCAAAGACUCUAUUCUCGCCAUCCCUGCUGGUCGCGGAUCUUGUUCCGGUAGCAGCGCAAUUGCAGAGCUGAUACUCUCCGGCAAUGCGCCCGCGGCUCUCAUCUUCAGGGACGUGGAGAUGAUUCUUACUUUGGGCGUCUUGGUGGCCGAGAAGAUGUUCGGCAGGCGCAUCCCGAUUGUCUUUCUUUCAGACGCAUCACAUUUCGAAGUCUUUCGUCAAGCUUCGACGGUGCAAAUCAACGAAACAAGCUUGUUGGUUUCACCAGGCGGCCACAAGAUUGAGUUGGUGCCACAAAGCACAAAGGCGCUGGAGUUGAGUCCAACCGACAAAGCCAUCUUGUCUGGCGAGAGUGGCGAAGCUUCUCGUAUAGCAAUGGAAAUCAUCGUAAAGUACGCCACGAUACAAGGGGCACAGCGCCUGAUAGAUGUUUCCCAAGUCCAUGUAGACGCCUGUGCCUACGUCGGCGAAAGCAGUCUUCUCGUUCCUGAGCGCCUGCUUUCCCUCGGAGGAAAGUUUGUCGUACCAUCGACCUGCAACUCCCUGAAUGUCGACCGCCAGAGGUGGAAGGAAUUGGGAGCCAAGCCCGAAAUUUCUCAGAUAUCUGAUAAGAUUGGGGAGACUUAUCUCAAGCUGGGGGCCAAGUUGAGCUUCACGUGCGCUCCGUACUUGCUCGAGAGUAAGCCCAAAGCUGGAGAGCAAGUCGGAUGGUCUGAAUCCAAUGCCGUAGUGUUCGCGAAUAGUGUGCUAGGAGCACAUACACAGAAGUAUCCUGAUUACAUGGACGUUUUCAUUGCGUUGACUGGAAGGGCUCCGUAUGCCGGGUGUCAUGUCCAAGAGGGGAGGAAACCAGAAGUCAUAAUCAAGGUCCCCCAAUUUGACGCAUUUGAUCCGUCGCUUUUCGCUCUCGUUGGCUACAGCAUUGGUCAUGUGGUUGCCGCCAAGAUUCCUUUCGUCUUUGGUAUGGAGACGACCCAACCAAGCAUUUCAGAUUUGAAGGCAUUUGGGGCAGGGUUCGCAACAACUUCAUCUGCUCCAAUGUUUCACAUCAGCGGCAUCACGCCAGAGGCUGCAAGUUUUGAAGAUGCACUCGUUAGUUUGGGGACCAUCGAGGUGACAACUUCUGAAUUGCAGUCAGCUUGGAGACAGCUCAAUACGGCUAAGGAUCCUUCAGUCGAUAUCAUCUCUCUAGGAAAUCCGCAUUUUUCCCUAGAAGAAUUCUCACAACUUGCCGAGGUGUGCCGCGGCAGGAACAAGGCACCCAAUGUCGAAGUCAUGAUCACCACCGGCCGUGAUACAUACAAAGAGGCCCUGAACCUUGGCUAUCUAGACGUUAUCGAGAGCUUCGGUGCCCGACUUAUAACGGAUACGUGUUGGUGCAUGAUAGAAGAGCCGGUGGCUCCUCUGAAAGCAAGAAACGUUAUGACAAACUCAGCCAAAUAUGCUCAUUACGGUCCCGGCAUUGUGGGCAAGACAUUCCACUUCGGAGAUAUUGUUGCGUGUAUCAAUGCGGCACAGAGAGAUCAUAGACAAGAAUGCGAGAUCAGCCCGCUGUGGCUUUUCCCAUGA